AUGGUUAUACCCACCACCCAUCAUCAUCCUAUUGAGUCUUUCUCCGAGUCGUCUUUAAAGCACCUUCAUUCGUCUGAAUCCAAAAAUACCAAUGGCAACCAUGUCUCUCCAGCAAAAACAUGCAACAACGACAAGAAGCAAAAGAAGCACAAAAUCCUUUUCCUAGACGCCUACGACUCCUUCUCCAACAACAUCACCUCCCUCCUCACCACCCUCCUCGAAGAUGUAGACGUUUACGUCCUCUCCAUCGACUCACCCCUCCUGGAUCCUACCUCGCCCAAUUUUGGCAAACGGUUCCGCAGGGAACUUGCCCAGUACACGGCCGUGGUAUGCGGUCCCGGGCCGGGGUCGCCCGAUAACGAUGCGGAUGUUGGGCUGAUGAAUUAUGUGUGGCAGCUUACUGCUGCUGCUGCUGCUGCUGAGGAAGCGGACGGAGAAAAGGGGGGAGAAGGUGGUGCACUCCUACCCGUCCUGGGCAUCUGUCUCGGGUUUCAGAGCUUGGUCAAGUAUGGUGGUGGGGAGGUGAAGAGGCUGAAGAGGGGGUUGCAUGGGAUGGUGAGGGAGGUUUUGCAUCUUUCCCACGGCAGCGGUGAAGGUGACGGUGAGGGCAACGGCAGCAGCAGCAUCUUUCGGGGUGUUCAACCGUUCAAGGCGACCCUUUAUCACUCGCUUUGUGGCGAUAUUGGCCAGCAUGAGGUUUCUGACGCGGACUGGGAGGAGGGAGGUGCGAAAUGGAAGCCCAUCCAAAGGUGUCCAGAUCUCUUACCGCUCGCGUGGGUAGAAGAGAAGCGCGAGGACGGGGAGGUGGAGAGGAUCCUGAUGGGAAUAAAGCACAUGAACAAACCUUUCUGGGGGCUGCAGUACCACCCUGAAUCGGUGUGCACAGAGAAAGAGGGGAACAAAGUCAUUGAGAACUGGUUCAAAGAAGCGCUGAGUUGGAACGAAAAGAAGAAGAGGGUGGUGGUGGAAGUUGCUGAAGGCGAGAGGUUGGCGCACCAGGCUACUAAGCCUAGUCUGUUGUCAAUGUUACAAGUUCCGGUUGGUGACGAGCACAUGUCGUCUUCUACUACUAGCGAGAGCAACAAGAUGUGGUGGGAGCGCAUGGGAACGAGACCUGAGCACCGUUCUAUUACGGUCCGUCUGCCGCACGGCGUGCAGGUGUCGGACGUGGUGGAGGAGCUGGGCCUGGAUGGCUCCGACAAGGUGGUGGUUUUGGAAUCUGCAAACGCGGCUGCUACGGCGUCGUCGAGAGCAGAUGUGCGAGGUCGAUACAGCAUCAUCGCAGCAGGACUGGAAGAGGCACUGCGGCUGGAGUACCACACUGGUGAUGAGUACGCUACUUUCAAGCUUCAGCAGUUCAACGGCUUGCAGGUGGAUCUGUCUGAACGGGUUUUCCUCGGUUCUUACGGCGGUAUAUGGGGUCUCGUGGCCAGUUUCCAUGGGACGCGGAGCCUGGGGAGUGGCGUCGAGCUUCCUGAUCUACCGUUCCUGGGAGGAUUCAUAGGUUUCAUCACUUAUGAACAAGGCCUGAGUGACAUCGACAUCCGUCUGGAAACACGCCCACACCACCGACCUGACGUCUGUCUGGCAUGGGUAACAAAGAGCGUGGUCAUAGAUCACAGUCUUGGCUUGGCCCAUAUCCAGGAGUUAUUUUCUUCUGAUGCAAGCUUGGACGAUGCUGCCUGGAUGCGGAGCACCGCAGACCGACUUGUUUCAGUCUCUGCCCAUCACCGACACCCAUUCCUCAACGAUUUGCCUUCACCCGCCAAGAAGGUGAAAACGCGCCAUCCUUCUACGAGCCCCUCAAUACAGACACCUCGGAUACCGGAAUACGAGGCCAAGGUUAAGGCCUGUCAAGAGUUCAUCGCAGCCGGCGACUCUUACGAGCUCUGUCUCACAGACCAAACCAAGAUCACUCGGCCCCUGAGCGACAUGAUCCCCUCAACCUUUAACCGAAAGCAACAACAACAGCGUCGCCCCUCCUCCUCCGUCCCCUCUUCCUGGCAUCUCUACAAAACGCUCCGCUCCCGACAACCAGCCCCAUUCGCAUCCUACCUCCGCCUCGGCGGCGCGACGCUCGUCAGCGCCUCGCCCGAGCGGUUCUUGACGUACAACCGGCACGGGCGGUGCUCAAUGCGGCCGAUGAAGGGAACAGUACGCAAGUCCGAAGCGGUCUCGACGCUCGAGCAGGCCGAGAAGAUUCUGCACGUGCCUAAGGAGGAAGCCGAGAACCUGAUGAUUGUCGACUUGGUCCGGCACGACUUGCAUUCGAUUUGCGGGGCGGGUAACGUUGAGGUGAGAGAUCUGCUCAAGGUGGAGGAGUAUCAGAGUGUGUUUCAGAUGAUUACUGUUGUUGAAGGGCAGCUACCCCCACCCUCUGACGAGAAGAGAUACACGGGACUGGACGUCCUCGCGGCUAGUCUGCCGCCGGGAAGCAUGACGGGAGCCCCCAAGAAACGCAGCUGCGAGCUGUUGCAGCAGAUUGAGCAGAACAGUGAGCGCAGUUUGUACUCGGGUGUUGUUGGCUACAUGUGUGUCAGCGGGAGAGGAGAUUGGAGCGUGACGAUCCGAAGUCUGUUCCGGUGGGACGAUGAGCGGGUAACUGUGCAGGGACAAGGAGAAGAUGGCCAGAGUGAGGAAGAACAUGAGGUGUGGCAUAUUGGGGCUGGAGGAGCGGUUACCAUUCUGAGUACCCCUGAGGGUGAGCGGGAGGAAAUGUUUACGAAACUCGCUGGGCCGUUGAAGGUGUUUGCGGAUCUGGGUUAG